AUGCUCGAACGAAUUCUACUUCAAGCUUCAUCACAUGAGACCGCUCCAGCUCGACCCGUUCAUCAUGGCCAUGCCAAUCCCGCCGAGAUACCCAUGUUGCAGAGUCUCUGGUCUUCCCGCAUCAGUGUGCGCAUCCAGCCAGACGACACCCAGCUGUUUCUGGUGGUCCUCGUGUGUCGCCUGCAGUCCCGCAGCGACCCCAGCAGACGCCAUGCAAUUUCCGGCCAGAACGAGUGGUAUGGCAUCUCGCUCGCGGAGUACAGGAUGGCGGCGGCGCGCGCGCUGAUGGACGAUGACGCCCUCGACUAUCUGGACCUGGCGCUGGACGACUACGCCAGACCGGCGGAUGAACCGCCAUUCGAGGGUCGGACGUUACUGGAGGUGUUCUCGGAUCUGCCGCGUUCUUCUUUCCGUCUGGGCGUGUCGGGCAAUAUCAUGAAUCCGCAGGAUGCGGCCACUGUUCUGGACGCUGGGGUGGACUUUCUGAUGGUGGACAGGGCGGCCAUUCUGAAUCCGGAUUUCCCAAGCAAUGUUCAGAAAAACUAUGACUAUAGGCUACCCAGUCUACCGGUUACUGCGAACUACUGGAAAGAGGUUGGUUUGUCUGAGCCGUACCUUAGAUAUAUGAAAACAUGGCCGGGAUUUGUUACGCGGGAAACAGGAGGGUGUUAA